AGGAGGAAGGGUUGGGCGGCCGACGUCGUUUUGGUCGCCACCGACGUCGUUUUGGUCGCCCCCGGCCCCAUCUGCUCGCCAUGGACGAUACGCUGUUCCAGUUAAAGUUCACAGCAAAACAGUUGGAGAAACUGUCAAAGAAGGCCGAAAAGGACUCAAAGAGCGAGCAAGCUAAAGUCAAGAAGGCUCUUCAGCAGAAGAAUGUGGAGUGUGCUCGGGUCUACGCAGAGAAUGCCAUCCGCAAGAAGAACGAAGGGUUAAACUGGCUCCGGAUGGCUUCCCGGGUAGAUGCCGUGGCUUCCAAGGUCCAGACGGCAGUGACCAUGAAAGGGGUGACCAAGAACAUGGCUCAGGUGACCAAAGCACUGGACAAAGCUCUAAACUCCAUGGACCUGCAGAAGGUCUCAGCAGUGAUGGAUAAAUUUGAACAGCAAGUUCAGAACUUGGACGUUCACACUUCGGUGAUGGAGGACUCCAUGAGCUCCGCUACCACGCUGACCACCCCUCAGGAGCAGGUGGACAGCCUCAUCGUGCAGAUUGCUGAAGAGAACGGCUUGGAGGUCCUGGACCAGCUGAGCCAGCUUCCCGAGGGGGCUUCCGCCGUCGGGGAGAGCUCGGUGCGGAGCCAGGAGGACCAGCUAUCCCGGAGGUUGGCUGCCUUACGGAAUUAAAGUGUAUCCCCGGCCCGACGGACUGCUUUCCCCGCACGGAUCACGCACUGGAAAGGGAGAGGAGGAAAGCUGAGCUGUGUCAGUUUUUCCUCCUCACCCCACUGUAUCUUACCCCUCCUACGGCACUGCAGAGAGAAGCCACCUCCCGGCUACUCUUCCGUCGGCUCCCUCUGACUCCCGCUGCCCUAGCUGUGUGGGAGUCGUGUCCUUCCCGUGGGUGUGGGGGCCGUCGGGCAUUGUCUCUCUGGCCGUGUCCAAAAGUUUGGCAGGAAGGUGCUGCUUCAGGGGCCACAGGCAGCUCUGCUUCGGGUGUGGGUCGGAGGAAGCCGGACAGGACUUGCAUCCCAGCCGUCUCGGCGUUCCCAAAGGAAACCAGUACCCCCUUGCAUGCCCAGAGGAACGCUCGAUUUAAUCCAAACACUACCGGCAGACUUAGUGGGUGUGUGGUAGUUCGGUGCUCGAAUCUUUAUGUUCCCAGUGUAUCGAGUGCUAGGGCUUUGCUUCUCUUUGCCAUACGGAAUCGAAUUGGCCUUUUCUCAGACAGCUGGUAAUUGGGCAGGACUAAAUGCACCGCGGUUUUCCUUACUGCUCCGUCGUGCCAUCGUUUUGGCUAAAAGCAAAGGGCAAGUUUAAUGAGCGGUUGAGGGCCGCGGCCUCUGGGCUAGAAAUGAUCUGUUCAUUGGGGCGGGGUUUGGUGGUGCUCUCAGCGGGGUGCGAAUAGAGUUCAUGGGUCUUGUCGGGGUGGGGCUUGACUUUGCCGAUGUGCCCAGAAACUGAAUGUCAAGUGCCCGCAUAAAACUUCCCAUCCCGUGGCCUUUUUUAAAAAAGAACCAUGUGCCCUCAAGAACUGAAAGUGGCCCGCCCAGUGGAGCUGGACCUUCUGGGGAAUGGCCAAUUCUUGGACACAGUCCGGGAGUGGACCAACCAGUGGAAAAGCUAAUAAUUAUGCCCUUUCGUGCCUGGCUGUCAUGGACCUGUGUUUGUCCUGAAGCCUGUGCUUUGGGAGAGGCAUCAUUUGGGAUUCAGACUUCUCUCCCCAAAUCGGCCCCCUUGCAUCAGAUGGUACUUUCUCCUCCCUCUAGCCACAAUUGGGAUCGUCUGUGGAUUUGUAAUAAAAAGGAAAUCCGUGGGGAAAAUGAGUAUCUAUAUAUAAACGUAUGGGUUUACCCGAGGCCCCUUCUCCCUGCUCAAUCAGGGAAAGCACAAAAGCUUUCUGUGUCUUCAGAACUUUGCCAGUAAUCUGUAAGAAGGUUUAGCCCUCCUGUUUUGUGUGUGCUAGACUGUUGACUUUCCACUUUUCCUUUCAGUGCAAGAAGUAGUCUGGUUAGGAGAACAAAUGAGGGGUGAAUGGGGUUGUCUGUGUUGUCUAUUUGAUUUUGCUAAAGCUGCUUUCAGGCUGGCUGUAAAAGGAAUAUGGGCAUUUCCUAGGAAAUUGACACUCUUCUCUUUGAAACCAGCUUUUUUGGUUCGGCAGAGGGACAGGCAGUAUCAAAGGCCAAGCUUUUUCCCAACCCCCAUUCUGCUUAGAAUAAGCUAAGAAACAUCAUCACAUAGACUGAUGCUCUUAAGGCAUGUGUCUUAGUUCAGUUGCCUUUUCCCUCCUUCAGAGUCUCAACCAGGGAUGCCACAAUGUCUCCAGGAACUCACACUCACGUUGGGACUGAUAUUCUUUGUACGACUGUGGUGUCUAGAAGUGUAUGGACAUCUUGACUUCUGACUCUUUCCUUUUGAACGUUUGUCCUUGGGACCCUGAAAUGGUCUGUGUGCAUUGCAAUAAGGAGCCUCCUUUGGGAUUCCCUUGAGAGCACCGGACUUCGAUUUUUGAGACCGAACCUCGUCCGUGAGGAAGGAAAAAGAUCUUUCUGUCGGAUGAAUCAAUCGCUUUCUUGGGCAGGCACCUUGCAGCCAUCCAGAAAGCAAUGCAAAGUAUUACGGGUGAAAACUCCCAGCACAGCCAGAAGAUAAACAGUGGCGGAGCAGAGAUGCAGCCUCAGUUGGCUGAUGUCGCCCGUGCUGUAAUGUGGCCCCUUUCAGACGUGGCAUCACCUGGUGGCAUCCCCGCAGCCAGAGAGGUGAUGGGACCGUCCACUCUGUUCUCCAGUUAAUGGCUACCGAAGGAUCAAGCUUGUUUCGUUGGCCCUUUGUAUUUUAAAUCAAUACUACUUGUUUCCUAAAGUGCUGUUUUAAGUAAACUCGUCCUAAAAACUG